UAAUUUUUCUUCUCUUUCUUGCGCAAAACAAUCGCAGCUGAUUUCAACAAAACAUUCGUUUUCAUAGAAGAAAUUUUAAUUGUUUGCAGUAUUUUCAAUGGAAUCCCAUCCUUUAAAUCUGGCACACCAACAACAUCGUCGUGCUGAAGCCCACAUAAUAAAUUACAGAUACGAUGAAGCUAUGCAGUGUCACCAUAAUGCGGCUGAAUUGCUUUUGGAUGCCAUGAAGUCUACCACUUCUUCGGGAGCUUUAGAAUCCAUCACACUUCAACACAGCUACCAUCUGAAACAAAAGGAUCUAAUCAAGAGUAAAAAAGAACAAUAUGCUAGAGUCAAGAAAGCCUUAGAAAACAUUAAAAAUUUAGGUAAAGAUCCUUUCUACAAUUUACAAGCUAAUGAUAAUGCUAAAGUGCAAGUAGCAAUAUACAGGACAAUAAAUGAAACAGAUUCACUGUUGCAAAUGCUGUCAACAAAGAAAGCAAAUGAACCAGUAGCAAAAGACACGGCCAUUAAAGAUGUUGUAGAUGGAAGAAAGAAAGAAAAAACUCCACAAACAGUUGUGGAAGAAUUACAGACAUUGAGCCAAAAUCUGCAUUCUCUUGUGGAACAACUGGUAUUGCAAGUAGAAGUGCUGAAAGAUGAAAAUACAACUUUGAAAGAAAAGGUGAAUUAUUUAGAAAAAGAAAGAACUAGAUACUUAAAUUUGCCUUCAUCAUAUGAAAUAAGCCAUAGAAACAGUGUAAACACAACGGGAGAUGGUUAUAGUGUAGAUUUAGCCCAGAAGUUACCUGUUAUUACUGAAAUGAGUAAACCAAUUAGCAACAGGCCUACCCAACAGCCUCAUUUUGAUCUGAAUGCACUAAGAAAUGACUAAUUAUAAUUUCAAUUGUGUACAAUGACUGUGUACAAUCCUGUUAUAGCAACAAUAGAAGAAUUUUAAUA